GCUGGUCGUGGUUACAGAUGCGGAAAGCAAACAUGUCCAUUGUAAGGAGAAAAGUGAAGCCGCGAUAGUUUGUGCUCCUAAUCGAAUAAACAAAAAAAACAAAUUCUUCUCUUUGGGCGACUAACUAAUUUGAGGAAAUGUGUCGAAACUGAAUUGUUAUAGCUCCUGACAUGUAUCAUCCACAUAUUAUGCAAGGAAACUCUCAUUUUAAUUAUGUUCCGGGCUUCCAAGCAAAAUCGGUAAUACAUAAAGAGUACUUACUGUCGUAAGAUGGCGUAUGCAGCGGGACAUGUAGGAAAAAACUUAGCGACCUCCUUGUCAUAUGUCAAUAUUGUCAAUUACUCAAUUCUCAAAUUUGUCAUUGAGAAAACCACUUUCCAAAAACAAAAAUAUUGUAUUAUUGGAGACAACUGCGUUGAAAUACCACAGUGCUUUACUCUUGUAAUGAUAUAAAAUGGUAGAACCAAUUUUCGAUUAUCAAUUCCGGUUGAUAUUAAUCGGAGAUAGUACAGUGGGCAAAAGCUCUUUAUUGAAAUAUUUCACUGAUGGCAAGUUUGCUGAGCUCUCAGACCCCACAGUUGGUGUGGAUUUCUUUGCUAGGCUCAUAGAAGUGAAAGAUGGGACUAGGAUAAAACUGCAACUUUGGGACACUGCAGGUCAAGAAAGAUUCAGGUCUAUAACAAAGUCAUAUUAUAGAAACUCAGUUGGUGCUUUGUUAGUAUAUGAUAUCUGCAAUAGGAGCAGCUUUGAACACAUACCUCAAUGGAUGACAGAAGCAAGGAGACAUAUUGAGCCUCAUAGGCCUGUUUUUGCUUUGGUUGGGUGUAAGUUGGACCUAGUAGCAAAUGGAGGUCAGAGAGAGGUCUCAAAAGAAGAAGCCAAGAAUUUUGCAGAUCAGCAUGGCUUAUUUCAUGUGGAGACUUCAGCCAAAAAGGGCGAAAAUGUUGAAGAGGCCUUCAGGUGUGUGACUCAAGAGGUUUAUAAUAGGAUACAAACAGGAGAGUAUAAAGUAGAAGAUGGUUGGGAUGGAAUCAAAACAGGAUUUGCCAGACCAAGUGGCCUGGACUUCAAUAUUGCUGAAGCUGAACCUGCCAAAUCUUCAUGUUGUUAGGUAGCACUCUAAAAGAUAUAUUUAUGAGAAGUAGGCACUUUCAUGAAAAUAGACUAUAUCACUUCAAAGACAAUGAAUUAAUACAAGUGCCCCUAUAUUAAUUAUGAAGAAGUCUUUCUUUGUAUGCUUUUGGCUCAAUAUCCGGCAUCCAGGGAUGGAGGUAUUUAGAGACAAGCAAGGUAGCUGCCUUAUAAAAUUUCUGUUUUAAGAUUCAGGAUACUAACAGCUCAAUGCUGUUCAACUGUUCGUAGUAGCAAAGUAGAUGUUUAAAUUUUACUUUGCCCAGGACCAUUCAUUUGCAGUGUUAUAUAAUUUCAAAUCCUUAAACUUAUUUUACAGUUAUACUCAAAAAAACUAUACCUAUAGAGAACUAUUUUAAACUAUUUUAUAUCUGUUUACCCUAGUCAAGUGUGUGCAAUCACCUCAAAAGUAUGUGUUACUUGAAGGUUUAAAAAAAUGAUAUAAGAACAAACUUGAAAGUGUCUGCAAUGUUGUACAUACAUAUUAAUGAUUAAAAUAUAUUUAUUUUAUUGAAUGAUAAUUAGUAGGUUCAAUUUUUGUAAAAUAUAAGUAGUAAUUGGUUUGCAAUUCCUAUAUACAUAAUAAAGAUUAGUGUUUAUAAUCUGAUGAUUAAAAUUGAUAUAUUUAAACCUAUUUUACAAGCAAGAAUAGUAAAGUGAACUGAUGAAAAGUUAUCAAAAAUUUUGUCUGAGAUUAUAUAGCUACUACAUUUCUUCUUUACACAUCAUGCAUAGUAACGCCCAAAUACCAGAUUAUGAACCCUCACGGUAUGAUUUUCAUUUAUUUUGUACAUAAUUUUAUCUGAAACUUGAUUCGAGGAAACAUUUGAUACAAUUUUAUGUUAGUGUUUUAUUGUGUAUAACAAGUUUAUCCUAUAUAACAUCUUGCUAUUGGAAUUUUUGUAAGGCUUCAUGUAAUCUCCUCAAAUCAUAUACUGACUAAUUUGAUGUAUACAUUCAAUUUGUAAGUUAUUUUAAUAGUUACUCAAGUGUGAAGGAAAACUUCCACUAAAAAAAACAUGCUGAUGAGCAAUAGAACAUCAAUAAUUCUGAAUACUAUCCCUAGUUUUGCUUGGCAGUUAGUUAUCUGGCCCAGAUUUUUCAUUAGAUACUGUGUACUUUCAUAUUGUGAUCCAUAUUACUUUUCCAAUGAAAAAAAACUAUGAUAGAACAGAAUAUAUACACUGAAAACCAAACACCACUGACGUCGUAAUGUAUACAAGAGAGAGGUACGAUAUGUGUACGUUAGAGAAUUUGCGCCGAUGGCGUCCGUGAUCUCAUACUCGGGUUGCUAGACCUAUAUCAGAAAGAGAUAGAAGCACCUCUAUGGCUAUAUAUAUAUAUAUAUAUAUAUAUAUAUCGUACGCUUAUCGAACUUCUCUCUCGUAUGCAUUACGACGUCGGCCAAAUUUGAAUCUCACUGUAUAAACAUUUCUUGUACUAUAACUUCUAGUCCCGGAAUGUUCACUUCUGGAUUGUAGAUUUUAAGACAAUUUUGUAUAAAAGGUUGUAAGGUUCAGCACCAAGACUGGUUAAUAAAAGUUUAUAUCCAAAAGAUCCCUCUCUUUUGAAUUCACCAACAAAAGUA